AUAAAAUGAUAUCGUUUGAAUUAUCAAACAUAUUAAUUCUAGUAUCAACAGGUAUUGGAUUACUUUGGGCAGUAUAUAACGCAUACAAACUGAACCGAAUAAAGAUUGGCACUCCAAAUUAAUAUAAUAAUUUCCAGGAUGAUUAUUAAGAUCACCAUUCUUAACUUCUGUUAGAAAUAGCAUCUCAUAUUGAAAGUGGAGCGGCUGCAUUUUUGGCUGCAGAAUAUAGAUACAUUGGAGUUGUAAUUAUAUUAUUAGCCUUGCUGAUCUUCUUUAUCGUUGAGCCAGUCUUAGGAUAAGCUUGGACUACUGUUGCAUUUUUGGUUGGAGCGUUAACCUCAAUAAUUUCAGGUUCAGAUAUUAAUAUAAACAAUAGGAUUUAUUGGAAUGAGAGUAGCCACCUUCUCAAACUAUCGUUGUGCCUAUUGCGCAUAGACAAAAAUGACAGAAGCAUUCGCAGUUGCAUAUAGAGCUGGAUGUGUUAUGGGUUUUGCUUUGGUUAGCUUUGCGUUACUUAGUCUAACAAUACUUUUGGGAAUUUACAUAAAUUGGUUCAUUAAGGAUUAUAGAGACUUCUAACAAUUGUUUGAAGCAAUAGCAGGAUAUGGAUUAGGUGGAUCAGUGAUUGCAUUAUUCGGCAGAGUUGGAGGAGGAAUCUAUACAAAAGCAGCUGAUGUUGGAGCUGAUCUAGUUGGAAAAGUUGAAAAUGAUUUCAAAGAAGACAGUCCAAAUAAUCCUGCAACCAUAGCAGAUAAUGUAGGAGACAAUGUUGGAGAUAUUGCAGGUAUGGGUGCAGACUUAUUUGGAUCCUUUGCAGAGGCUACUUGUGCUGCUUUAGUCGUAUGUAGUGUAUCCCCAUCAUUUUAUUAUCAUCCUACUACAUUUUAUUAUCCAUUAUUGGUUUCAGCUGCAGGAAUUCUUGUGUAAAUAUUUCAUCUUAAUUCAUUAGUUGUUUUAUAGUUUCCAUUUUUGCAUUUGUAGGCGAGAAGGAAAGCUUUGAUUAAGUUUCAAAUGCAUUGAAAUUUUAGUUGAUUCUUUCAACUCUUUUAAUGUUACCUGCUCUUUAUUAUGUUGCAUAUCUAACUUUACCAGAGAGAAUCUUUGGAUUGGCACCAGUAGAUAGACAACCCAUUCAUGCAUGGCUUUGUACUGUUGUCGGACUCAUUAGUGGUUGCAUCAUCGGAUUUGUCACUGAAUAUUACACUUCACAUUCUUAUAGACCUGUAUAAGAAGUAGCUUAAGCAUGUGGUACUGGAGCAGCCACUAACAUUAUUUAUGGAAUUGCCUUGGGAAAUCUCUCUACUAUUAUUCCAGUAUUCUUGCUAGCAUUUACAGCCUUUAUUUCAUAUUCGCUCUUGUCUAUGUUUGGAGUUGCUCUAAGUGCUUUAGGAAUGUUAUCUACUUUAACCAUCGGUUUGGCAAUUGAUGCAUAUGGUCCUGUCUCUGAUAAUGCUGGAGGUAUUGCAGAAAUGGUUGGAUAUCCAUAGGAUGUUAGACACAGAACAGAUCAACUUGAUGCUGCUGGUAAUUGCACCGCAGCCAUUGGUAAGGGAUUUGCCAUUGGAUCAGCUGCAUUGGUGGCCUUCUCUUUGUAUGGAGCUUUUAUCACAAGAGCAUCUAACUCUCUUAAUAAGCAUCCGCUAACAGAUUUAGGAGUCAAUUCCCCAUUAGUAUUUUUGGGACUCUUAAUUGGAGCUAUGAUUCCUUAUUGGUUUUCUGCUUUCACACUUAAAUCUGUUGGAAGGGCUGCAUUUGAAAUGGUUGAAGAAGUAAGAAAGCAAUUAGCCGAGAGACCAGGAAUAAGAGAUGGAAGAGAGAAACCAGAUUAUGACAGAUGCAUUGCUAUAUCAACCAAAUCUUCUCUUUAAGAGAUGUUUGCUCCAGGAUUACUUGUAAUUUUAGUACCUUUGGCGUUGGGAUUAUUCCUUGGUCCCACUGCUGUAGCUGGAUUAUUACCAGGUAUUUUGGUUUCUGGAGUUUGUAUGGCCACUUCAUCAGCUAAUUCAGGAGGAGCUUGGGAUAAUGCUAAGAAGUAUAUUGAAGCUGAUUUAUGCGAAAUUGGUAAUUUUAGUAUAUAUCUCUAGAUGAUAUUAUCAAAGGUAAAGGCACUGAUGAACACAAGGCAGCAGUGAUAGGUGAUACAGUUGGAGAUCCUUUAAAAGAUACUUCAGGUCCUUCCUUAAAUAUUCUCAUUAAAUUAAGUGCAAUUUUUUCUUUGGUCUUUGCUGGCGUUUACGAUAAAUCAGCAUGGUUAUUGUGUGCUAUGACAACUAGUAGCAGUGGCUGUCCAGCAUGAAAGAAAUAGAGUAUGAGAAAUAUCAAAUAAAUCAG